UUGUCCCACUGUGUCGGGACCAACCCGCUGGGUCCCCCUGGGCCUUGGAGGUCGGGGGGGCCCUGCAAGAUGAAGAGAGUCCGCACAGUCUUCAAACCAGAGCAGUUGGAGCGGCUGGAGCAGGAGUUCCUCAAGCAGCAGUACAUGGUGGGCACGGAGAGGGUGGACCUGGCUGCAACUCUGCAUCUCACAGAGACCCAGGUCAAAGUCUGGUUCCAGAACCGGAGGAUCAAGUGGAGGAAGCAGAGCAUGGAGCAGAAGGCGGCAAAGCUGUCACAGUUCGGGGUGAUCCAGCCUGCGAGCGCCGACUCCACCGACAGCAAGGACCACGAGGAGGACCCCGUGGACGUGGAGCUUUGA